AUGAAGUGUUAUUUUUUUGUGUUAUGCCCUUCAACAUUUCACUACUUUUCUCUUUACAUCAACUUUAAAUUUCUUUUAUUCAUUAAUUUACUCUCUGCUGCUUUAUUCAUCAAUUUCUCUCUUUUUCAAUCUUCUUUCUUAUUCUGCUACAUGUUCUUUUAUUCUUUUUCUUCUUCUCCCUAUCUACUUUUCAUUUAUUUUUCUUUCUUUUGCUUUUUUCUUCUCAUUCUGUUUUCUCUCUUUAUCACUUUUCUCUUCCAUUUCUAUUCAUUUUUUGUUCCCAUUCUGUUAUUCUUGCAACAUUAUUUUCUUUCCCCUCAUUAUAAUUUCAUCUUUUCUUUCUCCUUUCCCCUCCCCUCUUUCUCUUACAUUAAUCUCUUACUUUUCUUUCUUUUUUAUUUUUCUCUCUUAUUCUUCCUCAUUUACCCUCUCAUGUUUGCCUUCCUUUUCUCAUUCUCCUAUCUGUCUCUCCUCUUUUUCUUUUUAAUUUUCUAG